AUGAGGAUCUACAAGUGCUACUUCUGCUCAAGCAAUAUUUAUCCAGGUCACGGGAUGGUUUUCAUCAGGAACGAUAGUAAAAUUUUCCGUUUCUGCCGUUCAAAGUGCAACAAGUUGUUCAAAGCCAAGAAGAACCCACGUAAGCUCAAAUGGACCAAAGCAAGCAGGGCUGCCAGAGGAAAAGAGAUGGUAAACGACCCAGUGCUUGACUUUGAAAAGAGGAGGAAUGAACCAGUCAGGUACAACAGGUUCACGAUGAUCAAGACCAUCCAAGCCAUGAAGAGAAUCGAUGAGAUCAAGGUAGCCAGGCAGAAGAGAUUCUGGAACAAGAGAAUGGAGAAGGCCAAGGAGCAUAAAAUCAACAAUAUCCAGAGAGAACUCGAGAAGCACGUUGACCUCAUCACUGAUGAAACUGUUAAAGGACAUAUUCUCGAGAAAUUGGAGGAGAAAAGAGAGAAGCAGAUCGACAAGAACAACAAGAUGAGGAAGAAGGUCGACCCUGAAGAAGAGGAAGAGGAGCAAGAGAUCGUUGAAUACGUCCCAUAUAAGAGGAGAAAAUCUAACUCUAAAAAGAAGCAAUCUACUGAAGCACAAUAAUUUCUGA